CCCUCAUUGCUAAAACAGGACAUUAUCCGCACGGGUCGUCGACAGUGGUCUACAGUGUCUGGUCGUCACACGUUUUUCGCCGAGAUAGUUCCACGAAUUCGAACGGAUCCCACCCAGAAAAUCGUUGCUGCUCAUUAUGUGGAAUUGAUUCGUUUGCUGUUUUGUUUGCUGACCAAAGAGUAUAAUCCCAGCGAAGAGAUGCACCUGCUGACAAAGAACGACUGCCUGAAGGGACUCGCCCGGAAGGUGCGCUUUUCCCAGCGGAAGCGCUGCUACCUCGUGUCGCUGGCCGUCGCCGCGCUGGUCGUGUACUUUGUGUACAAAAACAUUACCUCAUCGUUCCAUUGCUAUGACUCCGGCGUCGAGUGGAAAAUUAACAAAUUCUGCAAACGUUACAAAAACGUGGGCUUCUCCGGUUACAUGUGCUCGGAUCUGUGCGGCAACAGCAACGUGUACUGGGACUUUCGCUGUCCGGAUCCUCCUCUUGAGUUGCACCACCCGAACCGAUUUCAGACGAAGAAGUUGGACACAACACUCAAUAUAAUUCAAGCAGUGCCGAAUGAAAACUACGAGAAACUAUUCUGGGUGGACAGUUACUACCGGAAGGAGCACUACCCAACCGAAACCGAGUACGAAAACAUCGUCAAGCGGUACAUCUCAAACAAGUACAACAUGGACAUCCCCUUUGAUAAGAUGCGAACGCUGCUCCGAUUGGGCCACAAACAUCGCGAGCUGUUUUUCCACCAAAGCAUGCGCGACAGCUGGAACCUGGUCCAGAACCACGAGUACGUAAUGCUAAACUUGUUCGAUGAAAAGGACCUCUUUCCUUACAUCGCUGAGAAUUGUGGGGAAAUGUUCGUCACCGAAUAUCUGAAUGCCGUUGAGUUCGUGGAAGACCAACGGUACGGCAGUCACAUCGAGCUCGACCGGUGGCGAUAUCAUAUCAAGAUUGCGGUUUUGAUUCUGGACUACGUGGCCGAGCUGGAGCAGCACGAGCUGCAGAUGUGCCACGUGGAUUUGCGGCGGUUUGGGAUUAACAACAACAGGCUCAAGUACGACGACGUGCGGUAUCUGUUCCCGGAGUACACGAUCAACCGGAAGAUCUCGAGUGGGACGCAGUGCGCGAGUGACGACGAUUGCCGCUUUAUGUUCUGCCAGUCGGAGUGCAACAGGGAGAAGCAACGGUGCGAGUCGACGGUGCUGAACAACAACGUGCAGAUCGUUUGUGAGAAGAUAUUUCUGGGAAGUAGCGGCUACCCGGGGAUCUUGAUAACGCACAAAACGCCGGACCGGUUAAAGGAGCUGCUGGAGCGGUGUGCGCGCCCGGUGAAGGAUCGUGACGUGGCCCGGGCGCGGCCUCGGGGUACCUCCGAAGAGCUUAAGAAACUUCUCUACAAUGAGCUGACCAACAUUUACGAAAAAUUGGCCGCCAUCAAUGCACCGUGAAUUUUUCAAUUGUUUUAAGUUUGUGAAUUUGUGUUAUUCAGGACAGUAUUAAACGGGGUUUCAACGCAAAGGUCAACACGUUUUUGUACUCUGGAAGCUUGUUUGUAGAUAUUUUUCGUUUUGAAGCCAAGUAGUUGUCGCAAUCAUCCACCUUUCUCUUCACCGAGAGCAGUAUUGUUUUAAACGUGUUACUUUUAGAAAUGACCAAUCAAAUCAAAAUUGUAAAACUAGUGUUAGGUGUAAUAAAGUAAACAAAAGAAACCUUUCAAAUCAAAUGGA